AUGAGAAUCUAUCAAUGUCAUUUCUGCUCAUCACCUGUCUAUCCAGGUCAUGGUAUUAUGUUUGUGAGAAACGAUGCCAAAGAAUUCAGAUUUUGUCGUUCCAAGUGUCAUAAGGCAUUCAAACAACGUCGUAACCCACGUAAGUUGAAGUGGACUAAAGCUUUCAGAAAGGCUGCUGGUAAAGAAUUGGCUGUUGACUCUACAUUGACAUUUGCUCAAAGAAGAAACGUUCCAGUCAGAUAUAACAGAGAAUUAGUAGCUACUACAUUAAAGGCUAUGGCUAGAAUUGAAGAGAUCAGACAGAAACGUGAAAGAGCAUUCUACAAGAACAGAAUGAGAGGUAAUAAAGAAAGAGACUUCUUAAGAGAUAAGAAAUUAGUCGAAUCUAACCCAGAACUAUUAAGAAUUAGAGAUAUUGAAAUUGCCAAUGCUUUGGCUAAGGAACAAGCUAGAGAAGAAAUGGCCGAAGAAGAAUCAGAGGAAGAAGAAGAUAUGGAGAUCGACAGCGAAGAAGAAGAGGAAGAAGAACAACAAAAGCAAAAGAUAAUGUUGAAAAACAGAAAGAGAAACUCCAAGAAGAUUGCAUUCUAA